AUGACAGACGCAUCCAAAUCUUCAUCUUGGACGUCAUUUCUCAAGUCCAUCGCUUCAUACAAUGGUGACUUGUCCUCGCUGACUGCGCCUCCCUUCAUUCUGUCUUCGACAUCGUUGUCUGAGUUCUCACAGUUUUGGGGUGAGCAUCCGGAUUUACUCAUUGCACCAAACUUCAUAGGCGACAAGGAGUCCCUGAACGGGCCAGACGCUGAUAAAAUUGCCCUUGAGCGUAUUGUUGCAGUCACCAGAUGGUUUAUCUCUACUUUGAGAUCGCAGUACUGCUCUAGAAACGAGGAGCUUGGUUCUGAGAAGAAGCCGUUGAAUCCAUUCCUCGGUGAACUGUUCUUGGGUAAGUGGGUGGACAAGAGCGAGGACCAGAAACUCGGUGAAACCAUCUUGUUGUCAGAGCAGGUGUCACAUCAUCCCCCAGAGACUGCUUAUGCCAUCUUUAACGACAAGAACAAAGUCCAAUUACAAGGUUACAACGGUAUCAGGGCUUCUAUCUCUGCCACUUCUAUCAACGUUAAGCAAUUCGGUCAUGCCAUCUUGGAAUUCAAGGAGCUUGGUGAAACGUUCCUGUGUACUUUGCCUCCGUUGCACAUUGAAGGUUUGAUCCUUGCCUCACCAUACGUUGAACUUGAAGGUCGCUCUUUUAUCCAAUCCUCCUCUGGUUACAUCACCGUUAUAGAGUACAGUGGUAAGGGUUACUUUAGUGGAAAGAAGAACAGUUUUAAGGCUCGUAUCUACAAGGACUUUGCCGCAUCUAAGAGCAAAGAGAACGCCCUCUAUACAAUCUCUGGUCAAUGGAGUGGUAUUUCCUACAUUAGUAAGGGUAACUCCAAGGAAAAGGAUGAGUUGUUCUACGAUGCCCACUCAAAGAACCCUGAACACCUUGUUGUUAAGCCAAUUGAGGAACAGAACGACUUGGAGUCUCGUAAGGCUUGGAAAUCGGUUGCCGACGCCAUCAAGAUUGGUAACUACGAUCUUAUCCAUAAGGAGAAGUCAACUAUUGAGAUUGCACAACGUGAGUUGCGUGAAAAGGAAUCAGAGAGUGGAACCAGCUGGCAAACGAGAUGGUUUGAUGAAGUUGAUGUCAAUUCCAGUCCAAAGAACGGUGAAGCUGCUGAUCCUCUGGUCGAGUUGGCCUCCCUCGCAAAUUUGUCAAGAAGAGACGUUGUCAGUGGUACGCAAGUUGGUGAUAAAGAUGACAAGGCAUCUGCUCCUGCAGUACAUUGGAGAUUCAUAAGAGCCAACUGGGACAACGAAACUGAAAUCAAAGUUUAG